UCUCUUCCUUUCCCCUCUCUGCACUCAAAAGCCUCAAAGAUGUCUCUGGAAAAGAUGUGGGAGGAUGUCACCUGCUCUGUCUGUCUGGACCCCAUGGUGGAGCCUAUGAGUAUCGAAUGUGGCCAUAGCUUCUGCAAGGAAUGCAUUUCUGAGGUUGGAAAAAAUGGUGGUGGUUCAUGUCCCGAGUGCCGACAACAGUUUCUGCUCAGAAACCUCAGGCCCAAUCGACAUAUAGCCAACACGAUAGAAAACCUUAAACAAACAGCCAGGGAUGCCAAGAAGGGCACCCAGGAAGACCGCUGCAUGAAGCAUGGAGAGAAACUUCAUGUGUUCUGUGAGGAAGAUGGGCAGGCCCUUUGCUGGGUGUGUGCCCAGUCUGGGAAACACCGUGACCACACCAAGGUCCCUAUUGAAGAGGCUGCUCUGGUGUACCAGGAGAAGCUCCUCAUGGCGCUAGAAAAACUGAGGAAAGGGAAAGAAUUGGCCGAGAAGCUGGAAAUGGAUCUUGCAAUGCAAAGAACAGACUGGAAGAGGAACGUGGACAUACAAAAGUCGAGGAUUCACUCGGAGUUUUUACACCAGAAUAACUUGCUGGCCAAGGAGGAGCAGAGGCAGCUGCAGAAACUGGAGAAGGAUGAGAGAGAGCACCUGAAACUCCUGGGGGAAAAGGAGGCUGAGCUGGCUGAGAAGAACCAGGCCCUGCAGGAGCUGAUCGCAGAGCUGGAGAGGAGGAUCCGGAGCUCUAAGCUGGAGCUCCUGCAGGAGGUGAGGAUUGUCCUGGAAAGGAGUAGAUCCUUGAACCUGGGAUCAUUAGAUGUUGCCUCCCCAGACCUGACAAAUGCGUGCCAUGUGCCAGGGCGGAAGAAGAUGCUAAGGACAUGUUGGGUCCAUAUUACUCUAGAUCGCAACACAGCCAACCCAUGGCUCAUCAUCCCAAAGGAUCGGAGACAAGUGAGGAUUGGAGAGAGCCAUCAAAAUGUGUCUGAAAACAAAGAGAGAUUUAAUAAUUACCCUAUGGUGCUAGGUGCCCAAAGAUUCACCUCUGGGAAGAUGUACUGGGAGGUAGAUGUGACCAGAAAGGAGGCCUGGGAUCUUGGGGUUUGCAGAGAGUCUGUGCAGAGGAAGGGACAGUUUUCACUCAGUCCUGAGAAUGGCUUCUGGACCAUUUGGCUGUGGAAAAAAGACAACUAUGAGGCUGGCACCAACCCCCAGACCACCCUCCACCUUCAGGUGCCUCCAUGCCAAGUUGGGAUCUUUGUAGACUAUGAGGCUGGCAUUGUCUCCUUCUACAACAUCACUGACCAUGGCUCCCUCAUCUACACCUUCUCGGAGUGUGCCUUUGCUGGACCUCUGCGGCCCUUCUUCAGUGUCGGUUUCAAUGAUGAUGGAGGAAAUGCAGCACCUCUAAAGCUCUGUCCAUUAAAGAUGUGAUGAUCAGGAGCCAGUGCCUGAUGACAGUACCCUCUGGACACUGUUACCUCCCCCUUGUCAUGAUCAAGGUCCAAUGUCUACUGAAGGGCAUUUCUGGCUACUGUUACUCACUUCCUGUUGGUGUUCCUCAGCCAUGCACUCUGCCAUUUUGGCCCAUCCAGUUGGAACCAUCCCACACCAUCAUCUCUUUAGAAGAGUCAAGGCCCCAGAAUGAAGGCAUUAGCUGGAGAUAACAGAAAGUCAGUGUCAACUGACCUUCAACAUCAAUAUUCCUAACAUAGGUUCAUUAAAUGAUUCCCUCCAGUGAAAUAGACUCCUCACAAUGGAUCCAAACUUAUCUAACUCAGUCAAAACCACAUUUCUGCCUCCUUUGUGUAGCUUAUUUUGUUUUCUUUUCUCUAUUUCUUGGCUAUUACCUUUGACCAGAUGACUAUUCCUGUAUCGUCCAUGGCUUGCAGAAGGACUUCCUUGGAAACUCUGCCUCAGUCCUUGUUGCUAAAGCCUGAAAUAUGUGUCUUUAACAUUGUAAAUCAUUGUAGUUUAGGUUGGGUUUUGUUGUGGUUGUUGCUGCUGGAGGGUUUUUUAAAUUUGUUGUUUGUGUGUUUGUUUGUUUGUUUUCCCUCCUUGGAAUAUAUUCCAGUGUCAGAAUAUCUUCCAGGGUGACAAACCAAAACCAGAGUAAAGUAGUGAAAGUGGUUCGGGCAAGAGCUGAAUAACAAAGACAGUGUAUUCCAUGUCCCCAGUGGCAGCCAAAGUCUAGGUACUAUGCUAGCCUGGUCAGUGAGUCCUUGCAGUUGAAUCUCACAAGGAAAGGACAGCUAUGCUCAGAAGCUGAUUGCUGUCAGUUUAUGGGUGUACUCUUCCCUGGUUCCAUUGCCUUGAAGAAAGUGCAAUUAGUAGUUGAACUAGAACACAAAUAUAUCCAGAGCUUCAAAAGAGCUGAAGCAGAUUUAAGAAGGAUGGAUAAACACACAAUAAAGAAAAUCCAGAAUGGGUUUUGUUUGUUUGUUUGUUUGUUUUUGUUUUGUUUAAUUCAGUCAGUAGCUCCAGAAGUUUUCCCAUACAUUAUGGAUGGAAGCAAUUAUGACCCAACAGCUGCCAGAGUCAAUAAACUGCAACUGUUCCCUUGUUCCAACACAAACCCAAGAAACCUCUCAGUUCUAGCAGCGCAGCCUCACAGAGAUGCAUUUUAACAGAACUACGACAACUGGAGGUCAACCUGGGGUGGUGUGAAAGGAUCCUGGUGUGGACAGCUAGGAUGAAAAGUGCCCAGCUGGUGCAACAGGUCCGAGUAUCGAAGCUGACUGCUGAAGACUUAAAAGGAGAGAGAUGUCUACCUCAGAAAGCUGAAAGAAUUGUUGAACUAGCUGACUAGGAGGAUGGACAGAGGACUAUAAACAUUCUCUAUGCCUCAUAUGAAGGUUUUGUGGUACCCAAUGAAGAGAUCCAGGGAUAGGACAAGAAGAAUAUCAACAGCUUGACCGAAAGAAAACAUAUGUAUUUCUCUCAUUCCAAGUGCUAUUCCCUUUUAUUAUCGUUCUUAAGGACUUCACUUGUGAUUUUGUUUGUCUUAAAAGUACGUUUUGGCUGGGAUUUGGUGGUGCACACCUUUAAUUCCAGCAUUCAGGAGGCAGAGGCAGGCGGAUCUCUGUGAGUUCCAGGCCAGCCUGGUCAGCAGAGCUAGCUCCAGGAAAUCAACUCAGAAAAACCCUGUCUCAAAAAACCAAAAAAAAAAAAAAAAAAAAAAAAAGUAUGUUUUGCCCCCUCCUUUGUCAGUAACUUUGAGUUUAAACUUUGUCUGACCUUGUAAUCAAGCAGUGGCUUGUCCAUUCAGGGGAACAAAGAGGCUGACCAUAGGGCUCAUCAUGUGACUGCUGGUCACAUGGUUUUGUCAAAAAGAUGAUUUUUGGAAUACAUGCAGGUGGUGACACCAGUACUGAGAUGUAAACACUGAAUUGAACUUUGAGCGAGUGUGAAGUUUGGCAUAGAACAUUUUGAUAAAUAAAUGCCUUGAGAGUCUUUAGAAUAUGCUUCUGUGUUUCAAAAUAUAAAGGGAAACCUGACAGAA